ACCGGGGAAAAAAGAUAUAAACAAGUAAAAUUACACCAAAGAAAACCCUAAAUAUAAAUUUCCAGCACAUCCCUAAAUUGAGAGAGACAGAGAGAGAUAUGGGGAAAGACGAGGAGGAGAUGCGUGGCGAGAUCGAGGAGCGACUCAUCAACGAAGAGUACAAAAUUUGGAAAAAGAACACUCCUUUCCUCUACGAUCUUGUCAUUACCCAUGCCCUCGAAUGGCCUUCUCUCACCGUCGAAUGGCUCCCCGACCGUGACGAACCUGCCGGCAAAGAUUACUCCGUCCAAAAGAUGAUCUUGGGUACUCACACCUCUGAAAACGAACCCAAUUACCUCAUGCUUGCUCAAGUCCAGCUCCCUCUCCAAGAUUCCGAGAACGACGCUCGUCAAUAUGACCACGAUAGGUCUGACCUCGGUGGGUUUGGGUGUGCUAGCGGUAAGGUUCAGAUUAUUCAACAGAUCAAUCAUGAAGGGGAAGUUAAUAGGGCUCGUUAUAUGCCUCAGAAUUCUUUUAUUAUAGCUACUAAGACUGUUAGUGCUGAGGUUUUUGUGUUUGAUUAUAGUAAACAUCCUUCGAAACCGCCUUUGGAUGGGGCUUGUAGUCCUGAUUUGAGACUUAGGGGUCACAGUACUGAAGGUUAUGGUUUGUCUUGGAGUAAGUUUAAAGAAGGUCAUUUGCUUAGUGGUUCUGAUGAUGCUCAGAUUUGUUUAUGGGAUAUUAAUGCCACACCCAAGAACAAAGCUCUUGAUGCUAUGCAGAUCUUUAAGGUUCAUGAAGGCGUUGUUGAAGAUGUUGCCUGGCAUCUCAGGCAUGAAUACUUGUUUGGGUCUGUUGGGGAUGACCAAUAUUUACUUAUUUGGGACUUGAGAACCCCUUCUGUUACCAAGCCUAUCCAAUCUGUAGUUGCUCACCAGAGUGAGGUCAACUGCUUAGCUUUCAAUCCCUUUAAUGAGUGGGUUGUUGCAACGGGUUCUACCGAUAAGACAGUUAAGUUAUUCGAUCUACGCAAGAUCAGUACUGCACUCCACACCUUUGAUAGCCACAAGGAAGAAGUUUUCCAAGUCGGGUGGAAUCCGAAGAAUGAGACUAUCUUAGCAUCCUGUUGUCUUGGCAGAAGGCUCAUGGUAUGGGAUCUCAGCAGGAUCGAUGAAGAACAAACACCCGAAGAUGCCGAAGAUGGUCCACCUGAGUUGCUAUUCAUUCAUGGGGGUCACACUAGUAAAAUAUCUGAUUUUUCAUGGAAUCCAUGUGAAGAUUGGGUUAUAGCUAGUGUAGCUGAAGAUAACAUCCUUCAAAUAUGGCAAAUGGCGGAGAAUAUCUACCACGACGAGGACGAUGUACCCGGAGAUGAAUCUGCCAAAGGCUCUUAAAUCUACUUUUUUUCCCCCUUUGAGGGGAGAAGAACCUAAUUUGGGUUAGCCUGGGAGGUUGACAAAAUUUAGGAGUAAAUUUAGUUAUGUUUUAUAGCCUUGCUCUCAACUCUUUUAUUCCCUGAGUGAAUUGGUGUUUGAUCCCAUGUCCUUAACUGUACUGAUAUUAAAAUACAUGUAUUGUAUUUCACGAUUUAUUAGCAUAUCCUCUUUCACCUAGAUGAUUUUUUUGGUGAAAAUA